ACGCGGCCGAGCGAGCUUGGUUGCGGGCAGGGGGGGGUCGGCCGCGGAGCAGCGAGGCCGGGCGGCGGCAAGAUGGCGUUCACGCAGGCGGGCGGCAAGAAGAAGGUCUGCUACUACUAUGACGGUGAUGUUGGAAAUUACUACUAUGGACAAGGUCACCCAAUGAAACCACACAGAAUUCGAAUGACUCAUAACCUGCUGCUAAAUUAUGGCUUAUACAGAAAAAUGGAAAUCUAUCGCCCCCACAAAGCUUCAGCUGAAGAAAUGACAAAGUACCACAGUGAUGACUACAUUAAGUUCCUGCGGUCCAUCCGUCCAGACAACAUGUCUGAGUACAGCAAGCAGAUGCAAAGAUUCAACGUGGGUGAGGACUGCCCUGUAUUUGACGGGCUGUUUGAGUUCUGCCAGCUGUCGACUGGAGGUUCAGUCGCUGGAGCUGUUAAGUUGAACAAGCAACAAACUGACAUUGCUGUCAACUGGGCUGGUGGACUUCACCAUGCAAAGAAAUCGGAGGCAUCGGGCUUCUGUUAUGUGAAUGAUAUUGUCCUGGCCAUUCUUGAAUUACUGAAGUAUCAUCAGAGGGUGCUUUACAUCGAUAUUGACAUUCAUCAUGGUGAUGGUGUUGAAGAAGCUUUUUAUACAACAGAUAGAGUGAUGACUGUUUCAUUCCAUAAAUAUGGUGAAUAUUUCCCUGGUACAGGAGAUCUCAGGGAUAUUGGUGCGGGCAAAGGCAAGUACUAUGCUGUAAAUUUCCCGUUGAGAGAUGGAAUUGAUGAUGAAUCCUAUGAAGCCAUAUUCAAACCUAUUAUAUGCAAGGUGAUGGAAAUGUACCAGCCCAGUGCCAUCGCCUUGCAGUGUGGUGCUGAUUCUUUGUCUGGAGACAGGCUGGGUUGCUUUAACCUCACUAUUAAAGGACACGCCAAGUGUGUUGAGUUUGUCAAGACCUUUAAUUUGCCUUUAUUGAUGCUGGGAGGUGGAGGAUAUACAAUUCGCAAUGUAGCUCGAUGCUGGACAUAUGAGACCUCUGUAGCUUUAGAUUCCGAGAUUCCAAACGAACUGCCGUACAAUGAUUAUUUUGAAUACUUUGGACCUGACUUCAAGCUGCACAUCAGUCCUUCCAACAUGACAAAUCAGAACACCAACGAAUAUCUGGAGAAGAUAAAGCAGCGUUUGUUUGAAAACUUGCGUAUGCUGCCCCAUGCACCUGGCGUUCAGAUGCAGUCUAUCCCUGAGGAUGCUGUUCCAGAGGAUAGUGGAGAUGAAGAGGAGGAAGACGCAGACAAACGCAUUUCUAUUCGUGCUUCCGAUAAGAGAAUAGCAUGUGAUGAAGAGUUCUCUGAUUCUGAAGACGAAGGGGAAGGAGGCCGGCGUAACGCUGCAAAUUACAAGAAACUAAAGCGUGCCAAAGUGGAAGAAGAAAAGGAAGGAGAAGAGAAAAAGUCAGAUGGGAAAGAGGAAGAAAAAGCCAAAGAUGGUGUGGCAGAGAAAUUGGAAACUAAAGGAAUUAAGGUGGAAGAGACAAAACCAAGCAAUGCAUAAAUCAAGAUGGAAACGUAUUGGCUUCACUUCCCUUGCAGCAUGGUUACUGUAGCGUAGCAUUAUUAGAUGACCCUAGAAAUGCUUAUUUUUUUACAACGUACAAUGGACCAUGUAAUUUAUUUGUAAACACAGUUUUGACAUUGGAAGUUGUUUAAUCUGUGAUCCAAAAAAAAAGUUAAAUUGUUAAGUGAAGUUGACUAAGGAGUUGUUAAACCUUUCCUGUAUUUUCCAGUGUAAACAAAUGGCAUUUUUUUUGACUCCUUUGCCUGGGCAGAUUUUUGCUAAGCACAUAGCACUCUUAAGUCAACCCUGUAAAGUUGUUGAUGACGACUUGGCUUCCAUUUUUACUACCCAUAAUGUACCAUUUGUAUUUCUGUGAAAAUACUGAGAAUCAUGUAACCCUCCCAUGUUAUAAGUAGUAAUCAGAUGUGUGAGAUGGAUAUUCUAUUAAUUUUUUUUAUAUAUUAUAAACUGGGUAAAAUCAGUUGACUUGUAUACUUAGAUUCCUUAAGGAAAUGUUUUCCAUUUUUAAAAAUCUUUAUAGUAUCUUAUUGCCCGACUGAAACAUGGGUCAGAUGCGUGUUUUUUAUCUUGCUGCUUGUGAAUUAAGUUUAUUUCAUGACCUUUUUUGACCAAAACUUAAUUAAAAUAUUCAGUCAAACUGA